CCCUCUCGCCCUGUAAUUUUGUGGGUGGGCUGCAGGACUCUGUGCUGGGAUAUUACUAUGCUACUUUAAUGUUGGAGCAGGUUCUGCUGAGGAGGCCAGGAGGGGAAACUGCUUAUUUCUUACAGCUGUAUCAAUCUGAUGUUGCCACCAAAUUGUUGCAAUGCGGCUUUGAAGGGCUUUUUGCCUUUCUGUGGACCACAGUCGCAGAGUCCAUAUUUCUGUGUUAAGAAAUCAGGAAUCAAGUAAUUGAAUCUCUCUCCCCCUUCCUGUAAAAUCAAGUAAUUGAAUCAAAGAUCAUGUGAUUUAAAAAAAAAAAAAAAAAAGAGAAAAAGAGUUCAUUUUGUGUUCUCUGUAUUGGCCUCUUAAAUUCAGAGCUUUGCAGCCUGGUAGGAGUGUUUUAUCAAGCUCUUUUCACAGCUAUGACUAGGAUGGACUUAACUACCUGCUAUCCUGGGACCCAGGACCUGGCCUUUCGAGAGGCGGCAAGAGUCCAUGGGGACUGAGAAGGGGACAAUUUUAGCCUGAGUGACCCCAGUGCUGAGGCUGGGGGUGAGUUGCUCCUGGCCCCUGCAAGGGGCAUGCCUAUCCCAGCUGAGGUGUAACCUGUGUAAGACCCUGAGGAGGGAAAAUAUUGCUGUUUUGUUGGCAUCUGAGUGGCCUGUGAUUGUGCCUGACAGCAGGAGAUGGUCCCCGGGGUUGAGCUGCCAAUGGCCAUGACUGGUCACCCAGAAAGCUGCUGAGGAUGCAGUCAGAUGAGCUUCAUUGGGAUGCAAAUGGAUAUAAAUUCAUGUAAACAUAUGUCUCGGUGCAGGUAGCGGCUCGUGCCCAAAUUAUGCAAAUGUGCUAAUCCAAUAAUGCUAAUGUCAUGAUUAUCCAGCAACACGAUGUUCAUUAAUAUGGUUCCCUGGCUCUUACACCCAUCACUGUCAACAUGAUUACGCUGAGGCAGAGACUUGCAGUGUCUCGGGCAAGUGGAGCCGGUCUGGAGGGAAGGGGACACCCAGGUCAUGGUGGGACCAGGAAGGACCAUUCGUCUGCCUGGCGAGGACCAGAAGUGCCACAUAUCCUCAGGACCCCCCUCCACGUGCCUGGCCAAGGUACCACCCGGCUGCCACACUCUCCUCAGGAGGGCCUUCCUCCCAGAAGGAGACUCGGAGCAGAUUUCACAGUCCCCAGAAGCCUGCAGAGUAGCUAAACUAGCGUUUCUUAAUAUCCAUCGCUGUGAUCAGAUGAACAGGACUAGCAGGGCCAUCUAGUGACUCCUCUGGCUGCUUAAUGACCUGGGACGUGCCCCCCCUUAGAUGGGUAUAAUUUUAAUGUUAGUAUUUCAAACGAUGCCCCUGUACCUGUCCACCUCUCCAUCUCCCCUUUUUUUGGCUGGUGGUUAUCCCUUGCUCUGCAGUUUCGUUUUCCCUGGUUCACUACAGAGCUGGAAAAUGCUUGGGCUUCCCCACAGUGGAAUGAAAAUUUGUCCUGCGUCGCCUUGGGUCGGGUGACAUAAGGUCAGAUGGCUAAAUAGCCCGUAGGUCUGAGGGGAGAGGGAUCCUGCAGGCUGGCUUGCCUUCCUCGACACUGACGGUAAAGCUGCUCUCUGGGCAGGAGUCUGCUUGUCUCGGCUGCGGCCUCAAUUUCUUUGCUGCUAACCCGCAGGUGCUGGUGUAGCUGCUUGCCGGGGCACUGCAGGGCUUCCUCGUCGCCGGCUGCUCCUGCAGCUUUGUGCCAGCUGGCAGCCACGAAGAGCUCAGAGCUGCCUGCCCCGGGGAAGGGCUCAGCACAUCACCCCGCUGCCUCCCCAGCCGGCAGGAUUGCUCCCUCAGGUACGUCCUGCAGGUACAUCCACAGGGUUUUUGCAGUCCCCAAAAGAGCAGGUUUGUCUCUGUUGUGCAAACUUGAGCAGCCCUGCCCAGCUCAGGGAAUAUGGGGCUGUUUGCACCCUCCAGCAGCCUGACCCCAAAGUAGAUACGGAUUUGCCCUUCUCCUUGCGUGACUCCAGGGCCUUUCAUUUUGCUCUUUCAUUUGUGUUGCUUUUUGCAAUGUUGGUAUGAUACUGGGAUUUGUGGAUGGGGCCAGGAAAAUGCCCUGGCAGCCCUCGCGGCCGAUUCCUUCACAGCUCACCAAGGCUGGUUGAGCCUCAUGAUCCAGGGAUGGGCAGGACAACUCCCAGCCGUGCUGGGAGGAGCAGCAUCCAGGACAGAGCUCCACCAGCCAUUGCAGGGCUGUGACAGGUACAUUUACUGCACUAAGUAUCAGCACCAAAUGGGGGCUUUGGUUAGAUUGCUUUUGACAGGAUGUCGUUAGCCUGAUGUGUAUGUGGGAGAGGAGCAGCUAUAAUGCUUUCUUAAUGCAGCCAAAUUGCUCUUUAAUUCUGCAAAACCAAGAUGUUAUUUCAUGAAUCCCUGGAGCUCACUGUGCAGCAUCUUGAUGCUGCUGGUGAUCAGUGGCCUUUUCCCUCUGCUUGCAUCUAACUCCCAAAUUCUCGGAGUGUGGGGUGGGAGUAGUCCUCCCCUUGCCUCUGCAGAGCUCGGCUGCUUUCUGCCCUCACUUGGCUUCACGUGUGUUAACUUUGGAAGCUAGUGGUGACUCCUGAAAUUCUUCCUCCCACCAAAAUGUGAGCAGAAGGUCUAUCAAUUUCCAUGGCAACAGGGCCAAGCCCUAAAUGCUGAUGUUAACUCUGUUUCUGGACAUCUGUGGAGUCUGAAGAGCUGGGUGUGCAGGAGGCAGCAGUACCCAGCCUGAGUGCAGCUCCCCAGGCCAACAAUUGUGGCUUGUCCAAGCUUCCACAGGGUAAGGAGCUGCUUCAGAAUAAACAUUGGGCUUUGCUCUGAUCUGCCUGGAAAGUCUUGAGAAGUGAUGUUGUCAUCCUCCUGCAGCUGGGAGACAGUCAGGAAGGGAAGAGGUAAAAGCAGGGUAAAACUACUAAGACAAGUCAGCUGGAUAAUCUCACAGGACAUUGACUCCAGCUCGGAAAGGCACUGAGAGCAGAUAAAAUUAGUCUAAUAAGAGUUGAUGCUAUACAGAACUCUCCUCUCCCUUCAAUGCAAGGGAUUUGGUCUGCAUUUAGCUUACAGGCACAGAACAAAAAGAGAAAGCAUGAUGCAAAAAGGUGGCUUUGCCUGGCCUCAUGAUGGCAAACACCUGCUUAAGUCUCUGGAGUUAGGGGGAACCCAAGGACCAUGAGUGAAAUAAGAGGAAAAAGUCAAAAAAGGCUCAUUCCUAAGAAGAUGUCCCUGAGGACUGGCCCUGGACAGCCCUGUAUCCCAAGAUGGGAUGUCAGCAAGGGUGAAACAGGACAAAAGCAGUUAAGGGGAGGAUUUGUGCAGGAGGGUGUUUCAGGGCAGGGACCCCCCUAGGGCUUGGGAUCCUGCUUUGCCCAGGACUGCCCUGCCCCCUCUGUCCUGCAAGUUUUGCUCUCUCUGGUAGGUGCUGGCUGAAUAUAGCAUGAUGGCAGCGGUGAUACUGGAGUGGGGAACGUGGCUCACGUUUCUGUCAAGGGCUGAACCCAAAUCAUCCCGCAUUUCUAACCCAGCAGAGUGAGCUCGGCACUGUCGCCUGCCAGCGCAGGGAACUCACUGUGUGUCCCCUCUCUGCCCCUAGGAGACUCCUGAAAGCAGCUAGUCCAGCCCCAGGGACGCAGGUUUGCCUGUGCAGGUGAGAUGGAUGCAUGGGAUGGGGGUGCUUCUGCUCUCACCCUGGGUUUGGGGAGCAGUGGGUGCGUGGGCCACACGCAGCUGCAGAGCUGCCCCACACCUUGCUGGCAGGCUGCCCUGCCUGCAGGCUGCCCAGCUGCUCCCCGGCCCUGCUGGCUUCAGCCUCUGUGUUGAGACAUGUGCAGGUCAGUAAUGCUCAGGGGCAGCACCCCCUCCCCUUGUGCACCAUCCAGUUGGAUUUUCCUGCAGCUUCCCCUUCUCACUGCGCACAGAUCCACCCCUAGUGAAUUUGUGUGCAUUUAAUAUGUGCUCCAUAUAGCUAAUAUUUACAGCAACUGAUUGUCUGCUCUGGUUGAUUUGCAGGUGACUAAUGUGUUGGAAGCAGUAUGUCAGGGUGCACAUGCACAGGAUGUUCCCUCCCUGAACAGGAGACUCCAAAAACCAGUGCAUUAAAAUUACAAAACAAAACACCAACUAUUUUGGGAUUCACAUCGAAAUGGCAACAUAUGCUACACAUUAAACAUCAGCCCCUACCGAAAGUUUAGCUAUUCUGGGCCCAUCCUGAAUGGUGCUGAAGAUGCACAGAGAGCAGAUGCCUCCCUACCUCCUCCUGUCCUCUUGGAAGCUCCCUUGCAGGUCCAUCUGCAGGUAACAAAGUGCUGGAAUGUUCCUUCUGUUUGCCCGUUUGUGCGGCACUGGCAGGACAGCUCCCUGGUCACGUAAGGAAGCUGGACUGCUGCAUGGCUCUGCUCUGGGCACGGCUCACUUAUUCACAGGCAGCGCUGGCAGGAUCAGGGACUGUGCGAGAGCCAGAGCUGGCGGCAGCAGCAUGCGUGCGGCGUCUGAGGCUCAGGGCGCGAGAACCACGUAAGGUGCCCGCCAGAGCUUCCCCCCUCGCCUGCCUCCGCUUCCCCUGGCAGAAACUUCACGGCUCCCUCACGCACAGUCCGGGCUUCUCCGGGGGAGCUUGGCACCGACAGCCGCAUGCAUGACACUCCGAAAAGGAGAGAAAAUGACCAUAAGUAUCCAGGAGCACAUGGCUAUUGACGUCUGCCCUGGCCCCAUCAAACCCAUCAAGCAGAUCUCUGACUACUUCCCCCGCUUUCCCCGCGGGCUCCCUGCCGCCGUUGGCCGCAGCAGUGCCCUGCGCUCUGCCGUCAGCCAGCCCUCCGUCAGCCCCGCCGAGGCCCCCCGCGAGGAGGACGAAGACGUGGACCAGCUUUUUGGGGCGUAUGGCACGACACCCACCGAGCAGCCAGCCAAGUGUCAAGCACCGGAGGAGGUGGUGGACCCCGAGGGCUACGAGUCUGACGACUGCACCACGCUGGGGACGCUGGAUUUCAGCUUGCUCUAUGAUCAAGAAAACAACGCUCUCCACUGCACGAUCAAUAAAGCCAAGGGCCUGAAGCCGAUGGACCACAAUGGUUUGGCCGAUCCAUACGUCAAAUUGCACUUGCUUCCUGGAGCCAGUAAGGCAAAUAAGCUGAGAACCAAAACGCUGCGCAACACACUGAACCCCACCUGGAACGAGACGCUCACCUACUAUGGCAUCACCGAUGAGGACAUGAUCCGCAAGACCCUACGGAUCUCAGUCUGUGACGAGGACAAGUUCCGCCACAACGAGUUUAUUGGGGAGACGCGGAUCCCGCUGAAGAAGCUGAAGCCCAACCAGACCAAAAACUUCAGCAUCUGCCUGGAGAAGCAGCUGCCGAUAGAUAAAACAGAGGACAAGUCGCUGGAGGAGCGUGGCCGCAUCCUCAUCUCCCUCAAGUACAGCUCGCAGAAGCAGGGACUGCUGGUGGGCAUCAUCCGCUGCGCCCACCUGGCUGCCAUGGACGCCAACGGCUACUCCGACCCCUACGUCAAAACUUACUUGAAACCAGAUGAGGACAAGAAAUCAAAGCAUAAGACGGCGGUGAAGAAGAAGACGCUGAACCCCGAGUUCAAUGAGGAGUUUUGCUAUGAGAUAAAGCACAGCGACCUGGCGAAAAAGACCUUGGAAGUCACAGUGUGGGACUACGAUAUCGGGAAAUCAAACGAUUUCAUAGGUGGAGUCGUGUUAGGAAUUAAUGCCAAAGGCGAGCGGCUGAAGCACUGGUUCGACUGCCUGAAAAACAAGGACAAGAAAAUCGAGCGCUGGCACACGCUAACGAACGAGCUGCCGGGGGCCGUCCUCAGCGACUGAGCUGAGGCGGGCACCGUUCUGCCGGCCCCAGCCUUUGGACUUCUCUCAUUUACGGCUUUGGAUACAGGGGAUCGCGGUACCGGGGCGGCCGGGACACCCCACGCCACGGCCCGGCUGCAGGGAAACCCUUCCCAGGGAACAAGGCAGCGGCGGUUUGCUCUGCUCAGCAGGUGCCGUCCCCUAAGGCUUUUCCAAAAUGCCUCGUUGCACCCUGACACACUCACACACCCACUCACGAGCAUGCACGUGCAUGCGCACACACACACACGUGUGCCCACGCACACGGACGCCACACGCCUGCAUGCACUGCAGUUCUGACUCCUCUCCUAACUCUUUGCUAUACUGAAUUACCUUCUCGCUGCCUUGCAAUUCAGUGGCAAAAAUGAAUGCAUCAGUCUCCGUUUGUGUAUCUAAUAAUGAGCAAAAGGUGUCACUAAAACCUGGAACUAUUUCCUCAAGGCAAUUGUGCCAUAUUUCUGGUGGUUUGUCAGUCUCUGUGGUUUGGGCCUAAACAGUCUUUUAUGCAUUUAAACCUCCUCUGUUGGAAUGAUUGUGUCCCCUGAUAACCUGGGAAGACUGUUUGCUUUUCUUCCAGAAAUGUUGUGCUCGUCCUCUCCAAUAACCCGUGUGACGUUAGCCAGCAAGCUGAAGGCGCUGUGCAGACCACGGCUUCCCUCUCACGGUCCCCAGGAUCGGGUGGCUUCACAUGUGCAGAAUUGG